AGAAACUAUUCAUAAUGACAACCUUUACAUCCAAUCAGACACUAUUCAUAAUGACAACCUCAACCUUUACAUCCAAUCAGACACUAUUCAUAAUGACAACCUUUACAUCCAAUCAGACACUAUUCAUAAUGACAACCUUUACAUCCAAUCAGACACUAUUCAUAAUGACAACCUCAGCCUUUACAUCCAAUCAGACACUAUUCAUAAUGACAACCUUUAUAUCCAAUCAGACACUAUUCAUAAUGACAACCUUUACAUCCAAUCAGACACUAUUCAUAAUGACAACCUUUAUAUCCAAUCAGACACUAUUCAUAAUGACAACCUUUACAUCCAAUCAGACACUACUCAUAAUGACAACCUUUACAUCCAAUCAGACACUAUUCAUAAUGACAACAUUUACAUCCAAUCAGACACUAUUCAUAAUGACAACCUUUACAUCCAAUCAGACACUAUUCAUAAUGACAACCUCAACAUUUACAUCCAAUCAGUCACUAUUCAUAAUGACAACCUUUACAUCCAAUCAGACACUAUUCAUAAUGACAACCUUUACAUCCAAUCAGACACUAUUCAUAAUUACAACCUUUAUAUCCAAUCAGACACUAUGCAUAAUGACAACCUCAACAUUUACAUCCAAUCAGUCACUAUUCAUAAUGACAACCUUUACAUCCAAUCAGACACUAUUCAUAAUGACAACCUUUACAUCCAAUCAGACACUAUUCAUAAUGCCAACCUUUACAUCCAAUCACACACUAUUCAUAAUGACAACCUCAACCUUUAUAUCCAAUCAG